GUAUACUUUACUCUCGUAUAUCCUGUGUAUCCGGAGAUUAAGUGUGAGAUUAAGGAAGAGAUUUCCAACCAUGAAGGAAGUUGUAAACUCCGGGCUGGUUAGACAAGAGGAAGCAGACAGGAUUGGAGAUGAGGAUAACUGGGAUAUGUACGCAUCUAACUGGGCAAUGCCUCUUCAAUGGAGUUUGGAGAUUGUUCACAAGGCACAGCAGGACGGAUAUAUUACCAGUGCUCCAGGAUAUGUUCAGAUUAUUACACAAAUCAAUAUAUUCAGAUCAAAACUCAACGAUGUUUCAGCAUACGGACACAUCCCAGUACCUCUAGUGUACACACAGGUGGUUACUCUGGCAGUGUAUAUAUAUUUUAUAGUUGCUCUAGUCGGUGAACAAUGGAAAAUCUACAGAAAACCUGGAGAUGAAUUGGAUUUAUGGUAUCCUAUCUUUACAACAAUCAAGUUCCUCUUCUAUUUUGGUUGGCUCAGGGUUGCAGAGACCCUGUAUAAUCCUUUUGGUGAAGAUGAUGAUGAUUUUGAGCUAAAUGUUCUGUUUAACAGACAUGUUAAAGUUGCCUUGAGCUUGGUUGAUGAGACAGAAUCCCCUCCGGAGCUCCGAAAGGAUGCAUUCUGGGGCCAACCUUUUCCAGAUAUUCCUGAUAAUGUUGAAGAGACCUAUACGAUUGUUGAAGACGGAAAAGACGGAAAAGAAUCCAAUAUUGAGACGAAUGAGAUGAUUGUGGUAACAGAGCACUCUCCGGACGAGGCACUUACUAACGCAGAGAAAAGGGAUCCUAUGCGCUAGAUACCAAUCAAGGGGAUUAAUCAAGGGGAUCAUUCAAGGGGAUCAAUCAAGGGGAUCAAUCAAGGGGAUCAUUCUAUGAAGAUUUUAAAUCUUGAAUUUGCGCUCUUGAUGAACAAAUAGGCACCGUUGAAACGUCUCAAAUGAAUCCUUAAAAAAAUUCUCUACAAUCACUGUAUUCUCAGCUUGACUACCAUGUCUAGCCAGACACUCCCUUUAAACCAUUUCUUGAUUGUGACAGUUCUAUAGCCUAUAAAUGUGAUAAAAUUAAAUAUUUGCCUCAAACUUUAAUUUUGUAUUGUGUAUAUCUUUGCAGCCUUAUUGUAACCUAUGAUA